UUCCUGUUUCCUAAUUUGUAAUUUAUAAUUUAUAAUUCAUUUUUUUUAUUUCUUACUAUAGUAAAACCAAAAGAAAUACGUAUAAUAACACCAAUGAAUAAUAUAUCGACAUUGAAUCCAAUUGAAUUAGCAUGUCAAUGUUCAGGUUCGAAACCGGCUGCAAAAAUUAAAUGGAAAAAAUCACAACAAUCAAAUAAUAAUGUUAAUGAUAAUCAUGAUAAUAAUAAUAAUGUACAAUGGUUGGAUGCAUUUUCACAGAUCAUUUCACAGGAUGGUCUUACAACAACUAGUUUUUUAUCAUUUGUGCCUUCAAUCGAUGAUAAUGGUAAAAAUAUUACCUGUAUCGGUUUUAAUCCUAAAAUAUCAAUUGAAAAAUAUUCAAUUGAAAAUUCAUGGCCAAUCAAUAUAACAUAUUCACCAAUAUUAUCAUUAAUCAUGGGUUCUGAUUCACAUUCACAGGAUAUUGUCGAAGGAAAUAAUGUUUAUUUUGAAUGUGAUAUAAAGGCCAAUCCAUAUGUCACUACAUUUGGAUGGAAACUUAAUGGACAAAUACUUGAUAUUCUUAAUACGAGUACUUGGACAUCAUCAUCAUCGUUACCAUCAUCAUCAUUAUCAUUAAAUUCAACAACAACAACAGCAAAAAAAAUCAAUGGUAUUGAAAUGCGUAAUACAUCAUUAUUGGUUACAAAUGUAAAUCACGAACAUUAUGGCCAUUAUCAAUGUUUUGCUAAUAAUCGUAUUGGAUCAAGCCAAAGUGAAUCCGUUUUUCUAAAUGUUAAAUAUACACCAAAAUGUAAACAUAAACAAAUAAUUGCUAUUGGUGUUGCUAUCGAUGAAAUCGUUACUAUUGAAUGUCAAGUAUUAGCUAAUCCAGUUAAUGUUAAUUUUGAAUGGUGGUUAGAAUUUUCAUCAUCAUCAUCAUCAUCAUCAUUAAAUGAUUCAAAUAAUUAUAAUUAUGAUGAUAGUGGUGGCCAAAAUCAUCAUCAUCAUAAUCAAACCAGUAAACGUAUAAUGAUCAAAUCAUUUACCAAUAUUGGUUUACGUAGUUUAGCUAAAUAUCGUACAACAACAAUCAAUGAUUAUGGUAGGAUUUAUUGUCGUGCGAAUAAUUCGAUUGGUCGACAAGAUAAGCCAUGUAUUUUUCAUAUCAUUAAAGCCGAAGCACCAAGCCAUCCGCAUAAUUGUUCAUUGGUAAAUAAAACAGCACAUUCAUUAACAGUUGAAUGUUCAUCCGGUUAUAGUGGUGGUUUAGAGCAAACAUUUUUCCUUCAGGUUUAUUCAUUAAAUCCAGAACGUUUAUUAAAAAAUCUAAGCAAUACACAACAACCAUAUUUUUCAAUCGAUAAUUUACCGGCUGGUUAUCUAUUUAAAUUAGUUAUUUAUUCAACAAAUCGUAAAGGAAAAUCUAAAUCAAUUGAAAUUACAGGUAGUACAACGGAACCAUCACCUUGGAAAUCUGCUGAAUAUCCAUCAACAAAUGAUUAUAAUUCAACUAUAAUAACACCAUUUGUUUUGGUUAUAAUUGUGAUAAUUAUUAUUGUGAUAUUAUUGAUAACCAUAUUGGUACAUAUACGGAAUCGUAUAAAAGGUCGUAUGCGAACCGUGAUACAGGCAAAUGAUUCAAAUCAUCAUCAUCACAAUCAUCUUCAUAAACCACCAACGUCAACCAAUAUAACGCCUAAAUCUAUUAUGAAAAAGCAAAAAAGUUGGAAUAUUCCGUCUGAAACGAAUAUUAUUACAACAACAGCAUCGGUUAUUGAUACAUCAUCUGCUGCUGCUGCCAUAAUGAAUGGUCAUAUUGUACAUAGUGGUGGUGGUCAUAAUAAUGAACAAGAUCCGAUCAUGAAUGAUUUAACAACAUUCAAUGUUGUUGAAUGUUUAGAUGAUAAUCUUUAUGGUAAUAAUCAAUGUAUAUCAACUAUAACUAUUGAUUCAUCAUCGGAUCAUCUUGGUCAUCAUCAUCAUCAUCAUAUUGAUCCGAAUCAUUAUCACAAUCAUCAUCAUCAUCAAACUUUGCCUUAUUCUUUUGUGCCUUCAACGACUAUUAUAACCGAAACAGCCUCAACACCAACAACAACAACAACUAUAAAAAAUCCAGAAUUCUAUACAUUAGAUCCAAAAAAUCUACAUACCGAUCAAACAUCAUCAUCAUUGUCGGCUAUUUUAACGCCACAAUCAAUAUCAGAACAUCUUCAAUAUCAUCAUCAUCAUCAUAAUCAUCAUUUUCAAGAUAUAAAUUGUCAUGGAAAUGAUUCGAAUGUAAUUGUUGAAAAUAAUUUAUCGCAACAACAACAAUUCGAUACAAUCGAUAGUAAUCAAAAUGCUGAUGAUGAUGAUCAACAAAUUGGACAAUGUCGUUCAUUUCCAACCCCACCACCACCACCACCACCACCACAAUUAUCACCAAUUCAUAAUUCAGAUGAAACAACAACAACAAAAACGGCUAAAAUGGAAAUGAUUUCCUGAAUCCAAUAGGUGUUCCAAGGUGAUUCAAUUGCAAUUUCAUAACAAGAUUAAGGAUUCUUUGAAAACAAAAACAAAAAAAAACGAAAGUAAAUCAAUUUGAGCAUCAA